AUGCCAAGCCCGAGGAAGACAUCAAAAUCACCUGGGCGACCAAAAGGUCGAGGUCGUAACAAGUCACCCUCUCGCACAAAGACGAAGUCACGCAGCAGAAGUCGCAGUGCUGGCAGAAAACCCAAGCCAACUGUGUCAGAAGUAGAGGUGGAGUCAAUUAAGGCAGUCGUCAAAAAGUCUCCUGGGCGGAGGAAAUCAAAAUCUCCUUCAAGAGUAGCCAAGGAUGUCAUUCUAACCAAACAGACUGUCACCUCAGCUGUGUAUUCAUCAGUAUUGACAUCAUCAUCAGCCUCAUCGUCGUCGUCAGCAGCGGCAGCAGCAGUACAAGAACGACCAUCUAUUACCCCAGUUAGAUCAUCACUAAGAAUGCUUCCACGCAAGGAGGAGCAAAAGAGUGAGGUGUCCUACAGAAGGCAGCAAGUGAACUCCGAGUCUGCUUCAAACGUUCGAGCCACACCGGCCAAAGAGCAGCAGCCCAGGGUGGAGAGCAAGAAACCACAUUAUGAGUUCAUGGGACCAGUUGGGGCAUUUCUGCUCUUGUUUUUGCUUCCAUUAACAGCAUAUUAUGUCAACUUGACUUGCUCAAAGGGAAAAUGUUCAGUUCUAGAGCUCCCUAAACUAUCCAAGAAGGUGAUCACAUCUUUGUUCGAAGUGGAGGCAGCCCUCAUCUUUCUGGGCUGGUUUUUCUUUCAAGCAUUUCUGGCAGUUCUUCCAGUUGGCCGUGUUAUUGAAGGUCAGCCACUGAAGUCUGGAGGUCGGCUGCAGUACAGGUGUAAUGGUUUCUUUGCCCUAGUAGUCAGCUUGCUGCUGUUGGCAACAGCCGUGUACUUUGAGUGUCCAAUGACCAAAGUGAUUGACAAGUUCAUCCCUCUCCUGACCUCAGCCAUCAUCUUCAGCUUCAUCCUCAGCAUCUUCCUCUAUGUCAAGUCCAGAUACGCCAGCCCCUCCAAGCUAGCUCCUGGAGGAAACACAGGCAAUGUAAUCUACGACUUCUUCAUUGGACGUGAGCUGAACCCCCGAAUUGGCCCGCUGGACUUGAAGUUUUUUUGUGAGCUGAGACCUGGUCUCAUUGGUUGGGUGGUUCUCGACUGGCUUAUGGUGGUGAAAGCUUACCAGGAAACCGGAACCGUUUCGCCAAACCUGGCCUUGGUUACGCUGUUUCAGACUUUAUAUGUGGCAGACGCCCUCUGGUUUGAGGAUGCUAUUCUGACCACAAUGGACAUAAUUCACGAUGGUUUUGGAUUUAUGCUGGCCUUUGGUGACCUGGCCUGGGUGCCAUUCCUGUACUGCCUUCAGCCUCGGUUUAUCCUGGAGAACAAGUUUGUUCUGCCCUGGUACUGCUUGGCACCUAUCGUGCUACUCAAGGGGCUGGGCUAUGUCAUCUUCCGAUUGUCCAACUUGCAGAAAAACCGCUUCAGAAAUGACCCUAAACAUCCAGCAGUUGCAGGACUAGAGACUAUACCUACCCCUACAAACAAGAGGCUGCUGGUGUCUGGAUGGUGGGGACUCUGCCGCAAGCCAAACUACCUGGGUGACCUCAUUAUGGCACUAUCCUGGUCACUAACUACAGGUUUUGGUCAGAUCCUGCCGUACUUCUAUCCAAUUUAUUUCUUGGUCUUGCUGAUCCACCGAGAGCGACGAGACAGUGAACAGUGCCGAAAGAAGUACGGUGCCAGUUGGGAUCAGUAUUGCCAGCGUGUCAAAUACAGGAUUUUCCCAUACAUUUACUAG